AGGUUCGCUUUCUCAUGCAAAUUCUAUUAAUUAUUUAUAUUUAAGCGCUAUAAUUAUGGGAAGUGAUCAUUAAAUUCCUAUUAGAGUCAAAUUAAAUGUAAAAUGUGAAUAAUUUAUUCAGUAAUUGAGUAUAAGGUGCCUAUGUGAAGUUAUCAUUUAUGAUUUGUUUUGGUUUCAUUCACGUCUAUUGAUUUAUCGUAAGCCAGUGACCUGUAUUUCGUAUUUGUUAUUUGAAUCCCGUAAAUAAUUAAUUAAACUUUAUACAGAGUACGGAUAACGCAUUGCGUUCUCCUGUAGAUCAAUUGGACUACUAAAAUGAACCAACUGUGUGUAAAACUUGUAAAAGAAUUAUGACAUGUCCAACUUGUGAGUGAUGAAACGCAGUUUAGAUUAAAAUAUUUGUGAUUUCGGUAUGGUGAUUAAAUCAUAAUGAUGACGCCUAUCGAGGAGAAAAAAGAUGAAAAGAUCCGCAUGGGAAUGGUGCAGGUGUCGGACGGGAAGUCCCGUCCGCGGCCUGCACGAUUGCUCCUCACCAUGGAGUCUGUCACCGUUCAGAGAGAGGUGGUGGUGCAGCCUCAGCCACCUCGGGACAAAACUGUACCACAUGCCAGGGAGCGAAUGGUGCAAAUAACUCGGCAGAAGGUUGGCGGACUCGGUCUUAGCAUAAAAGGUGGGGCUGAGCACAAGCUGCCCAUACUCAUAUCCAAAAUAUAUAAGGACCAAGCAGCUGAUCAGACUGGCCAGCUGUUUGUUGGUGAUGCUGUUAUCAAAGUGAACGGCGAGUACAUAACUGCGUGCAAGCACGACGACGCGGUCAACAUCCUCCGUAACGCCGGCGACAUUGUCGUGCUCACCGUCAAACACUACCGCGCCGCCACGCCCUUCCUGCAGAAACAGGCUGAUGGCGCGUCCGACACGGACAGCAGUACAGGCGACGACCAUCCGUCACACAAGCCGGACGCCAACUGCAAUACUGAGACCAACGGUGGAUGGCAGAGCGCUGAUGAUAGUAGACCUGGCAGCGCGGGCUCCGCUCGCUCCCGACCUCCCUCUGUCGCAUCUGACCGUCUCACCGAGAACCGAACUGAGACUAGGGAGUGGGUGGACGUUGUAUCCGUGCCGCUGAUGAUGGGCUACGUAACCAGAUACGUGUUUGGCACGGACAAGCUGAGACCUGGAGCCUUUGAGGUUCGCGGCGCGCGGCCGCAUAUAACGUCGGGCGUGAUCCACGUGGAGGAUCCGGCGGCGCUCUCGCACUGGCUCAAGAGCAUCUCAGAUAACAUCAUGGGCCUCACCAACCUGCAGAUGAAGCUGCUAAACCGGCACUUAGCGGCUGGCGAGCGUAUCGAGUACAUGGGCUGGGUGCACGAAGGCGUGGUGUCGCCCGCGCAGCCCUGGCAGACCUACCGUCCGCGGUUCCUCGUGCUAAAGGGCACUGACGUCAUGCUGUUCGAUGUGCCACCGAUGAACACAAGCGAGCUAGCGAAAUGCCCGGAAAGCCUCAAGGUGUACGCGACACUAUUCCGAAGCGUGAAAGAGAGCGAGACGGUGGACUGGCGGCAGCACUGCUUCCUCCUACAGUCCGGGGCCGCCGGAGCGCCGCACCCGCGGUACUUCAGCGCUGACACCCGCCAUGAGUUGUUGCGCCUGGACGCCGCGUGGACCGCGUGUUUGGUCGCCGCUGUGGUGCGACUCGGCAAGAAGACGUUCACGGUGGUGCACGGCGGUCGCGCUGCGGGCCUGACGCUGGACUGGGCGAGCGGGUUCUCACUCAGCGAGGGAACGCCCGGCGCGCCGCCAGUCUGGUCAUACAGGUUUUCGCAGCUGCGAGGCUCAAGCGACGACGGGAAGUCUAAAUUAAAGUUGCAUUUUCAAGACUCCGAGACCAAAGUUAUAGAGACGAAAGAGUUGGAGUGUCAGAUCCUACAGAGCCUGCUGUUCUGUAUGCACGCGUUCCUCACGGCCAAGGUCGCGUCAGUGGACCCCGCUUUCCUCGCCUCCAUACACCAGUCCAACUGAAUCUGUCCCGCUCUAUCAGGUACAACGAGAUAGAGAUAGACUAUAUGCGACACAUGUCCCGCUCGACAAGAAGAUAGAGAUAGACUACAUCUAUGCAGUUUGUAAGUGAUUUAAUCUUUGAGGCGUAAGAAGAUAUAGGGAUAGACUAUUUGUAAGAAAUUACAAGGAUGUUAUGGUUUACAAUGUAUAACAUGGGGUAAUUAGCAUGUGGUUGUGUCAACAAUGCUCUGUCUCUCUCAUUAUUACGAAAUAAAACAAGGACAGACUAUAUUAUACAAUUACAAAACAACAAAAUAUAUAAAACUAUCCUUGAAUUCGCUACUAAAAAUAUUUCAGUAUCGUCUCUAUAUCCCUAGUAAAUUUGGUGUCAUGUAACAAAAAUACUUGUCUAAAAUUACAUCGAAAUCAAUAUUAUGUACUGAGGGUACUCAUCAUUAUAAAUGUGUUGAUUAUUUGUAAAUUAUAAACUGUCUCAAUUUAUAUUGCCUUCGUAGUGUUAGAAUUUCGUUUGUAACGUAUGUAAAACGAUUUGUUGGUGAAACGACGUUGAAAUUAGUCUAAAAUAUUUAUCGAUUGGUUAUUUAAAAUUAUUGUGCAAUAUACGAAUUGUAAAUAUAUGAGCGAAUGGAGUGUUCGAUCCUUGCUAAAA